AUGGAAUCUAUGGGAGACGACUAUGAGUUGAAGGCCCUAUGGUUGUUGGCCACGUUGGGGGAGAGAAGAAAAGCCAAGGUUGAUAUUUGCAGAUGUUGUUUGCUCAUUAGUGGCUCUAAGGAACUGCCUUUGAGAAGAGUUGGCAAUUUAAUGUACGGGUUGGUGUUGGUGUACAAGAGGGAAUGUUUGGCAAGUUGGAGAGACGCCCACGUGUGUCGACAGAUGAUGCGUCAGAUGGCGCCGGUUGCAGUGAAGAGAGAUACAGUGAAGACGGUGAAGAUUCUACGAGAUGAUCCUCGAUUUGACAUUACACAGGGGUUGGUGGAACGAGUAGAGAGUUUGCAAGAGGAGCACUUGGAUGUGAUGUCGGAGAGUCAGGGUUGGGAUGGUUGUGAGGUUGGGUUUGUCUUUGAUGCGGAUGGGGCCGUUGAAGAGGUUGUCGGUGGAGGUGGCGAACGCGGUGAAGGUAGUCAAGCGGUUACUGUCGGUACUGUGAGGAGGGAGAGAGACGGCGGCGACCAUGAUGUCCCGUUGGCGUUAGAGUUUGGUAAUUUCAACCUGUUGGACGACUUGGAUUUCUCACAAGUAACGUGUGAACUAGAGGAGCGUAAUACAGUCGAGGCCAAGGGUAGUGUUGCCACAACUGCCAAGAUCGUUGGUGAUGCUGGCAGUAGCCGCAAAAGACCAAGACGGGUUGUUGUUGAUGACGUUGUUUCAAUCAGUCUCGAGGAGAUCCGGUUGACUGGAGAGAACUACGUGUCUACAUGUACAAAGAGACGGGUUACCAAGGAUGCGGUGGCUUUCAAUUUAAAGUUGUUUCUUGGACGGACGGAAUUCAGUACAGACCUUCUACACUACGGUGAAGUUCUUGAUCUUGAGGUGGAACGAGGUCGUCAAAGAGCACGUUCAAAUUCAACAUCAAGGUCAAGGUCAAGGUCAAGGUCAAGGUCAAGGUCAAGGUCAAGGUCAAGGUCAAGGUCAAGGUCAAGAACAAAUUCAGUUUCUUCUAUUGAGCAAGCAAGAAACGCCCCUGUUGGAUCCCAGUCCCCCCUCCCUAUACCGAAUCUCUCCUUCUCCAAUUCCUUCUCCAAUUCAUGCUCCUAUCAUAACGAUGCACUCAUCUCCAUCAACUUGGAUACGGUCUCCCCACAACUCCAACUGUCAAUGGGUUUGCAGUUCCCGCGCCGCUUCCAAAAUUUGGAAUUUGGAACGCGUCGAGAAGCCGUUUUAGUAUUUCAACAUUUGCUUAUGGAGGCCACACGUGGGAAAGUACGUGUUUGGCAGAGUGGGUUGUUCAAGGAGAUUGUCAUUGAGACCAAAACCAAAACCAAAACCAACACCAACACCAACACAUAUACUUGA